CCGGGUCUGUUGGACGCAUAUUAGAGGCACAGACCUGAAUUUCCCUAUAUAUACUCCUUAUAGGAGGCUUUUAAACAUAAGUCACAACUUCUAUAUUCAUACCCAAUACACUUUCAUCUCGUUCUCUCUUCGAUCUUUUUCAAUCUCUCCUAAUUUAUACAAUAUGGGUGUCGAUUAUCCAUCAAAUGGUGCUUUCAUUGAGAGGUUUGAACACAAUCAAGUGAGAAAACCUCCUAAAAACAACCAAAAAUUCACCCAAAUCACAGAAAAUCAGUCUAAAAGAUCCAAAAAAGAAGAGACGGAAAGCUGAAAUUUCCGGAUCUGAAACUUUUUCGGUGCGAUCCGGACUCCGGCAGACUCAGUCAACUAAUCGGAGUUGUCAUGGCCAUUGCGAAGCUCGCUAACCUGGCCGCACUACCUGAAGUUCACCGCUUUGUUGCAGCUGUCGUCGCCUCCACUACCGGUUCAGCACAGCAAAGCCACUGCAAACCUACGACCUGGAAAACAUGUGAACCUCUGCCAGCCAAUAAUGGCGAGUACAGAUCUAGCGACGGUGGAUGAAGCUCUGUUCCCGACCCAAGUUGUAGAUCCAGCGGCAAAGCCCAAUCAGAGCCACACAGUCGCCGGAAAAUUCAUGCAUAGCAGCAACGGCAUCCACCGACGACGCCUUGCACCCAGCGGUAAAAGUGUCUGAGAAGCAACGGCAUCCCCGACGAACUCCCUUCCACUCUCUGACGACGCCCAGGGACGAACAUCUAUGAUGAUUCCAGGCGCCUAGCGUCCCGAGCAAGCGAGGAUCAACAUGGCUUGAUGAUGGGAGAGCUCAGCAGGUCACUUUUCGUCCCUCACUCCUCCGACAGUAACUGACCACGGUGCAUCGUCCUUCUGAUCGAAGGUCGCCUCUCUUACUCGCCUCCAUUUCCGGCGGCAUCGAGGACCGGGCUGAAGAGCUGCUUCCCUUAUCUCCACGAGAAAUGAACGCAGGCCACACGUUUGAAGAAGGGCCUCCUAGCGCAGACUGUUAACUAUCAGAUUCUACCGGGAAACUUGGGCCAAGACAGGGCAGCAGUGGGCCAGGCCACAUAUAAUCCAAUUAAAUAGUUCAACGGGCCUCAGUUUUAGCAACACAACCAAUUCUCAACCCAUUGAUUUCGGCCCAUCAAAAGAUAAGUACUCUUUAAUUUUCAUAUUAUUUAUAUUUAUUUAAAUCAUUUCUUUUAGUCGGGUGAAUGUCAAACUAUCACACAAUUAUGAUCAAAUGCCUAGUAGACUGUGACUCGAGGCUCAUCACUGGGAUUUAAAGCCCUAACCCAGAUCAGGCACAAAGCCCUGACCUAGAUCAGGCACAAAGCCCUGACCCAGCUCAGGCACAAAGCCCUGACCAAGUCGGGCACGAAUACCGGUCUUAGUCAUUCCUCGAGUGGCGACCAUUGCUUACGAAUGGCUCACACAUCCACUCUACUAAGUAUUUUAUCAUCAUUAGCAAUUCACAUUUCCACUUUUUUCAAGUGACGAACUCCCGAUCAGAAACAUAAACCCCAAGAAAAAAAUUUAUAUGUAAGUUAAAUGUGUAGGUACGAAGAUGACUUUACUCAUUUUCACCUCGUCUCCACUUGCUUCAAGGAGUGGGGGACUGGGGGACUGAGGGGUCAGAGUUUCUAGAUGGGCAAAAAAUAUCAUGCAUGAGCAGGAACGAAAGCCGAGUCGGAUGAAGAGGUGCUGAGCUAGACAAAAUUGAUUAUGUCGGAGAGAACUUACCUUCCUUGUUUCAUGUUGGGGGCGCUAGGUGUACUCUUUUUCCCUUUAUUAGGAUUUUUUCCCACUAAGUUUUUUCCUAGUAAAGGUUUUUAACAAGGCACCUCCACAUCAUGGACAAGGGUGGUGGUCACCCGGCCGAAGAGGAAGAAACCAAAGACAGAAGAACGUUGCAGAUACAAUUGUGGACUACUCCCUUUCACCUCGAGUACUCUCGGCUCAGAGAGUGGGGGACUCCUGAUGGAAUAUAUGGACCCCGACCCCCCGGCCUGCCGACUAUUGAGCCUAGACAGCGAUUCACGUACACCAGCAGACAACAUUUAUAUUACUGUAUAGUUUACAUAUUCAUUGUAUGUACUAGAUUAACUUUUUAUACUAUUAGUCCAUUUAUGUAACCGGGUCUGUUGGGCGCAUAUUAGAGACACAGACCCGGAUUUCCCUAUUACUCCUUAUGGGAGGCUUGUAAACAUAAGUCACAACUUCCAUAUUCAUACACAAUACACUUUCAUCUCGU